AGUAAUUAAGAGAAGAAUGUAAAAAGGGUUACCCUUGUUUAUGUGAAUUAAUAUCAAAUUAUGUGUGUUAAUACCCAGCGAAGCGACAGGCUCUGUUUACUGUAAUGAAAACAUGAGAGAGACGUUGAGUGCUAACAAAUUUAUUGCUUUCCCAUUUCCUUGAACAUCAGUCCUUGAUUUCUUAGAAGCUGUCUAUUGAAUGCCACUUUUGGAAACAUAACAAGGCGCUAUUGGAUCCCAAAUGGGGUUCUUCUUCAAUGGCGGUAGUUGGAGUUUCCUUCCCCCUUUUCAUUUAGAUGCAUAACAGCUUCCUGUUCUUCUAUUUACCUCUUUUGAAGCUACGAUUUUUGGAUGUGUUUUGUUCAUUGAAGAAAUCUGUUUCUUCUGAUUGUGAGAUGAACGAUCCUGUUUUUGAUGAUUUUGAUCCUCGCCUCAACUUUUCCAAGUUCUUGGAAGAAGCAAAACAUCGUGCCACAGAACAAGAAACAGGAGUCAAAUGGUUGCCACCACAGAAAAAAAGCAAGAAAUCUUGGAAAAACACACCCUUCUCCUGGUUAAAAAGUGAUAAAAGGACCAAGCCUCUGCCCAAACCAGGUACAAACCCUCACAUACCCAAUACAAGGCGUGUUCAUGUUUCUGGUCCAAUUUACACCAGAACUACAGCCAUAGACGGCAGAUCUCGAGGCGGCCGUUCGACGUCUGGACCGAUUGCUAGUCUCUUCAGUCCCAGUUUGAGUUCAGAGAUGGAGAUCCCUUAUAUGUGUCUUCACCAACUUACUUGCCCCAAUACAAACCACAAUUAUGGUCCAAUAUAUCUUGUUACAUAGACAUACAUUUCUCAGUUCAUCUUGUCUGGAGCCAGGGGCAGCCCAUCUUUGAAAUCUUUUGUAUGCGUAAUGGUUUUGAUAAGCUGUUUAAUGUUAUGGUUAUUGCCACAAACAAGUCAAGCCCAUUCCAUUGCUUACUAAACAGAUCAAAAUGGAUUCAAAGGAUUGAAAAUGUCUGUAAAUAACCAUGUUCUAACAAAAUGAAAGCGGGUGGUUGAAGAACAUUCAUU